CCCUAGCCUUAAGGAAUGUAUUUCUUUUGAGCACAGAUGUAAGACAUCUCCCAUUUGCUUCCAGGAUCCUCUGCUUGCCUUUCCUUUCAGUGUUUGCUGUAUCCAUGGAAACAGAGCUCUUCUAUUUCCCCUCCACUGCCUAAGCCAUUGUGGGGCCAGGUGAAUGCACCUACACGCUAUGUGUUUGACGAGGUAACUGUGUUCUAACAGGGCUUCAGAUUUCCCUGGUUAGGUGUGUUUGACACCAGGUGAAGUAUGAACCAAACGGGGCUGCUGCAGGAUAAAUGGGCUCAAACCGGAUGGAGGAUAGAGAAGAAAUAUGGAAACAAAGUGCUUUUAGGCAACUGGGCAGAGGACAGACUUCAGUUCACUCGGGAGCCAAAGACAGCCAACAGCACCAAUCGUGUAGACUACCGGCCCCACUGGGACUUCGAGCCAGACGUCUCUGAGAGAGGAUCUGCCCUGCUGAGAGCUGAGGGGCUUUCAUCCAAGCAGCUAUUUGCCCAUUAUGGCCCACCAUCCUCUCAUUACUUGGUCACGCAGUAUGAAGAGAGCUACGGGCGUAAGCACACCAGUGCCUUGCCCACACUGCGACCCUGGCAUCCAGACAGCUUGACAUGGCAGCCUGAGAAGUCCGACCGGCCAAUUUCUACCUUUCCAACUAACUCAGUUGGCCUGCUGCAGACCACAAAGCGCCGUUUGGAAAAGCAGCAGUCACACCUCUCAUCACCGACUGUAUACAGGUCAGCAUACCAGAGGCACCCACUUAGUGCCUUCUGCCAGAGCCGCUUUGCCAGGGCUUCACACAUGCUCUCUAGCCACCUCCAUGCAGCCAAUCACAACAACAAGGACCUGGAUCUGAGAUGGCGCUCGCUGCUGCAAGUCCCAGAUCAUUCUUUCAGUCUAUUUUCGCCAUCACAACAGGCUUAGAGACGACAACGUGGCUCACAUGCUGCUUGUUAAUUUAGAAAACUCCGUUAAAAGUGGCGCUGCUUUGUGCUUCCUCUUUUUUUAUUAGUCGGUUGCAGGAAGAAAUUUAACAGAGCAGACCAUUUGGGAAAUUAAAAGGAAAUAAAAAAAAUUAAGCAUGAUUCUCAUUAUGUUGCUGUGAGGAGUACUUUGGUUUACUGUGUGUUGUGUCGUGAGUAUGUUUAUAUACAUGAAUAUGUGUGUGUCUGUGUGCAAGACUAAGGAGAAAGGAGGGGGUUAUGAAUUAUGUCCACCCUUCCAGAGAAUAAUUACAUGCAAAU